UUCAUUCCAGCACGGUCGCGUCUGCCGGGAAGGAGUUUCUGUUCUGCGGCUCCACUGUCGUCAUUUCAUCCCCAAACUUGAAAGGAAAUUCUAUUUAUAUAACAAAGCGUACUUUUAUUUAUUUAAAAUAAAAAGAAACAACGCAGUCGUCUUAGUAAUCUGACGCGUAACCGCCGCUUGUAUAGAUUUAAUUACAAGUAUUAAAUACAUUUAAGAAAAAGGAAGGCUAAGUUAACGUUAGCAGCAUUAGCCCGUGAAGCUAACAAAGAAAAUCGUUUUCUCUUCAGAAAUAAUCGUCACUUCUCUCUUUAGUUAUGAGUCAUGUGGUCAUUGAUAAUCAACACGGUCUAGAUCAGCAGCUUGCUGCCCUAGACUUGAACUCUGCUGACGGACAAGGCGGAGGAACUGGCAGGCGUUAUAUUCCACCUCACCUGAGGAACAAAGAUGCUUCCAAAAAUGCAGGAAAUGCUUAUUCCGCUGGUAGACAGUGCGGUUAUUCAGUGGCACCAGUAAAUCUCUUUUCUCCUAAGCAGUGUCCACAGCCAUGGCAAGCAGAGUGUCAGCAAAGACAGAGAAAUAACUUUAUUCCAGGAUGGGAUGACUGUAAGAUUGGUUACCCAAGACUGGCCUCUCAAGAGCUUGCCUUUUACCAUGCCUACAGUGGGGGCUGGCGAAACAGAUGUGACGCUCCAGGAUGGGACGGCGGACGCAGCAACGGAUUUGUGAACGGUUACCACGACAACCGCACAAACGGGGGCUUCGGAGGGCGAGGACCCCCUCGCAACGAUAGAGGUGGGCGUGGCGCCUACCGUGGUAACAGGGGUGGAGGCUCGUUUAAUCAGCCAUUACAGAACGCAGGAUUCGGCACCUACGAAAACAAAGACAGCAACUGGGGAGGAGGGCAGCCGCGGGACGCCGCCUACAGCAGCUUUGGAGGCCGGACUGAUCGCUCCAAGUCCGCCUUCUUCAACGACCGUGGGGCCGGCUCAAGAGGAAGAUACGAGCGCGGCGGCUUCGGUGGCGGUGGAGGAAACAGCCGCUGGGCGGAGGACGCCAGAGAAGACGAUUGGUCCAAACCCACUGCUCCCAACGAACGCCUGGAGCGUGAACUCUUCGCUGGAAGCAACACUGGGAUCAACUUUGAGAAGUACGAUGAUAUUCCCGUGGAGGCCACUGGGAACAAAUGCCCACCCCACAUCGAGAGUUUCCAUGACGUGGAAAUGGGGGAGAUCAUCAUGGGGAACAUCGAUCUGAGCCGCUACACUCGUCCCACUCCAGUCCAGAAGUACGCUAUCCCCAUCAUCAAGGCCAAGAGGGACCUGAUGGCCUGUGCCCAGACUGGCUCUGGUAAGACGGCUGCCUUCUUGCUGCCCGUGCUGAGUCAGAUCUACACUGAGGGUCCAGGAGACGCUCUGCAGGCUGCCAAAGGCGGUGGACAGGACAAUGGAAGGUACGGCCGUCGUAAGCAGUACCCGAUCUCCCUGGUGUUGGCCCCCACCAGAGAACUGGCCCUGCAGAUCUAUGACGAGGCGAGGAAGUUUGCCUAUCGCUCACACGUGCGUCCCUGUGUGGUGUACGGCGGCGCUGACAUUGGUCAGCAGAUCAGGGAACUGGAGAGAGGCUGCCACCUGCUGGUAGCCACACCCGGCCGUCUGGUGGAUAUGAUGGAGAGGGGAAAGAUCGGCCUGGAAUAUUGCAACUACCUGGUCCUGGAUGAGGCUGACCGCAUGUUGGACAUGGGUUUUGAGCCUCAGAUCAGACGCAUCGUGGAGCAGGACACGAUGCCACCCAAAGGCAUUCGUCACACCAUGAUGUUCAGUGCCACCUUCCCCAAGGAGAUCCAGAUCCUGGCUCGUGAUUUCCUGGAGGACUACAUUUUCCUGGCUGUGGGUCGCGUUGGUUCUACCUCAGAAAACAUCACCCAGAAGGUGGUGUGGGUGGAGGAGCCGGACAAGAGGUCCUUCCUCCUGGACCUGCUCAACGCCACAGGUAAAGACUCGCUGACGCUGGUGUUUGUGGAAACCAAGAAAGGCGCUGACGCCCUGGAGGACUUCCUGUACUGCGAAGGCUACGCCUGCACCAGCAUCCACGGGGACAGAUCCCAGAGAGACCGAGAGGAGGCGCUGCAUCAGUUCCGCUCCGGACGCAGCCCCAUCUUAGUGGCCACAGCCGUGGCUGCUCGAGGUCUGGACAUCUCCAACGUGAAGCACGUCAUAAACUUUGACUUGCCCAGUGACAUUGAGGAGUACGUUCACCGUAUUGGCCGUACGGGACGUGUGGGCAACCUCGGUCUGGCCACGUCGUUCUUUAACGACAAAAACAGCAACAUAACCAAAGAUUUGCUGGACAUCCUCGGGGAGGCGAAGCAGGAGGUUCCCUCCUGGUUGGAGAGUCUCGCCUACGACCACCAGCACAAGAGCAGCGGCCGCGGACGCUCCAAGAGGUUCUCUGGUGGUUUCGGAGCUCGGGAUUACCGUCAGACGCCCGGCGGCGCUGCAAACUUCGGUGGAAGCCGCGGAGGUCGUAGCACGGGAGGUCACGGAGGAAACCGCGGCUUCGGUGGAGGCGGCUUCGGCGGAAACUUCUACGGCAAUGACGGCUACGGAGGAAACUACAGUCACUCUGGUAGUGUGGAUUGGUGGGGCAACUAGUCAGCCUCAGGAGUCGGUUGCCAUGCCAACCCAGCCCAAUGGAAACCACAUGUUAACUCAAAGCCAGACCAUAAUAACCCUCCCUGUGUAGCUUCACUGACACACAGUACAUUACCAACCCUGGUUCUCUCUGCCAUCGGCGUCUCUGUGGCGUGAAAGUCAAACGUCAGCGGCUCGUGUGAGCGAGCGGCGCCGACGCCUCAGAGCGAGCGCCAAGUAUUUUUGUUCUUUUUGUGGGCGGGGAAACGGACGCAAGAAGAAAAACAAAGACACAAAGACACGUGAGGAUCACCUGUGUGUUAAUGUACUGUUGCCUUUUGAAUUUAAACAGGAAAUCUGUGUUUUCAUUUCACCACACCAAACACGGCCAAGAGCUCCAAAUUAGUUUUUACCCUUUGGUUUGGUGAAACAAAACAAAUAUAAAUAUGUGUAUAUGUAAAAGAGAGGUUUAAAAAAAAAAAACAAAGUUAAACUCAAACCUUGGCAAACACUGGGGGCGCUGUUGUUCCCGGGAAUCUUGAUUCCAUUUGAAGCUCAAAUUAAUGGCAGGAACAUCACGUAGCCUUUUUUUUAUGGUUAAAAAACAGCUACUGGAGCCGUUGACGCUGUCGCCACAGACUCGGCCGCUCUGUGACGCCAACACAAACACACAAAAACACACACAAACGCGUUUUAAUCCUUCGGACAAAGUUACAUUUCUUUUUUCUUUUCUUUGCUCACUCUAUCCUGGACAGGCUCCUUUUUCUGGACAUGAAAACCCAACAGCUGUCAUUCCUGUCGCAAUCUUAACAAACACAGAAGUCGUUAAAGCAGAUUAUCGCAGAUUAAUCUAAUUUAUGCUGGAACUUGUUACUCCACGUUUUUUUUUUCUUCAAUUGACUCGUCAGUGUUAUGGCAGCUAGUACGUUACAGAAUGCUAGCUACGUUAGUGGGCGGAGUUUUUCCUUUUUUUUACUUGAGACAUUUUUCGGUGCAGGUGUGUGCGCAAAAAAUUUAGCCUUUUUAUUUAGUUUUAUUUGUUUCUCUACAAAUAUGUUCUCAAAACAAGGAAAACAAAUGCCUGCCAUCUUGAAAGGUGAAGUUCAAAAUGGCCGCAUAAAGGACCACAGCAUCGGGAGGGCAGUCGCGUGGCGUGUUAGUGUUUACUGAAUCGAUCGGGAGCCACGAGGCACCACAUGGUAUUCUACGCUCGCUAGUGUUUUGUUUUUUGGUCAAGGGAGGAAGGAAGGACACGUGAGGGACGAGUGAGGACACGUGAGGACGAGUGAGUCGCAGGCUUAAACUUAAUUAACAAAGACGUUUUUCUCUUUUCAAGCUGCGUUGGAGGCAUCGGUUCAUCUGUAAGAGACGGGUGUCUGUUCAGGCGGGCGGAGCAGCUCGGUCCCGCCCACCACUGUGGUUCGGGAGGGGGCGGGGUUUAGGGCGUUAACCGUUGGGGUGGGGGGUGGGGUUUUCAGUGCACCUCAGUCGUCCGCAGCUUUGGUUUCCGUGGCUGCGUCGUGUACCUGGAGGUGGAGUUUCCACUUCCUGUCUGAGAGGAUGUCUUCAUCUGUCAGACGUGUUUAAAUAAAUCAGCGCAGACGUCUCCUCUGAGAGGAGCAGCUGUGAUGAAGAGGAGGAGGAGGAGGAGGCAGCGUUUGACCUCCCCCGUCUUCUCAUCGCGUGUGUUGUGCCUUGAAACCUUUUUCUCUUUUUGUUUGUCUUUAGUUUUAAAAGUUCUAGAACUAAAAGCGGAUGCACUGACAGUUUGUUGAGAGCUUGAGAUCGAUGGUGCUACUUGAUUCCGGUGUGUUGGCCUCUCGUGCGUCGUCGCGCCCAUCAAGUUUUACAGAAGUUCUUUUAUUGCACAUCUGGAGUUUUAUAUAGAUGUCUUUUUGACUACGUGUCCUUAAGCUUCCAAAUAUCGUGUGUGAGGAGAUCGUGAUUUAAAAAUAAAAGAAAACAAACGCAGCUUGUUUACAAAGGGGGAAGGGUUCUCAACGUGGGUUCUCAACGUUUAAACCAGGAUUUAUUUGGGACCAGGGGGAUUUAGCAGUCAGGGGGAAUUUAGCCAUUUGCACAGAUUUCUAGAUUCUACUUUUGCUGCUAGUGUUGUGUAAUUUAUUAAGCAUUUUUGACAAAUAUUUAUUUUUGUAAGCCUCAAAGUGAUUCUUUGAAAGUUUCAGAAACUUGACCAAAAGACAGUACAAAAACACUGGCACUUGAAUGUUGAAUGUCGCCUGUAUGCGUGAAAAUUUCUAUAUUUCGGGGUAGUGUGAGCUUUUUAAUGUUAAAAAAAUAAUAAUACAUUGGACUCGGUAAAAUAAUAUCCACAGCUGUUUUUUAGGCAAGGGGGGCGGGGCGUCGUCAGGGGCCCUCGUCGUCUCGAUCAGACUAAAAAAAGAAACUAAUUGAUCAACAAAUUUGAAAUGGAAUUAAAACAAAACAUGCCAAGGUUUGGAAUAAAGCUGUCAAAAUAAAAGGUAAAAAGUUUCCUAAGAAUAUUGGUCUUCAACUGUGUGCAUUAUUGAUUUCUUUUCCUCUAAUUUGACCCGAUUAUUGUUUUUCUCCAGUGAAUGUCUGGCACAUGGCAAUCCUUAAAGAAAACAUGUGGUUUAUUCUCAUUGUUGUAUUUACAUAUAUGACGUCUCUGGAGUUUGUGGGGCGUGGAACCGGUUCUGCUCGUCGACGGAACACGUCGUUGCGCGUCCGCGCCGACUCUGGAGCUCUUUAGAUGUUAGACUUUGCUUUUCUGUAUUAGCUUCUAGGCUCCUGCACUGCAUGGGAAAGAAAACUCAGCUGUGCACAAAAUUGUAUGAUUUUACCAAAAUAAAAUUGUUUGAAUGCAAAAAGGUGUGUGGAAAAAUCCAAGCAUGUUUCCUGAAGACUUGUUUACUGUAGUUUGUGCAGAAAAACCCUGUAGCAGCCUGCUGCCCCCUGGUGGUGAAACCGGGAGGACGAGCAGCAAAGUUGUGUUUGGUGAACGAACGUACGAACAAACAGGCUUCACUUGUUUUUGACAAAUAUAAAGAUUUCACUUGUCAAAUCA